AUGAGCAAGAUGAGCAGCCUAAAGAGAAAGAAGCAAUCGAACCCGCAAGGGAAGGAGGAUGAAAAUGAGGCUGCACGGGAGAUUGGGCUGCUGCAGAAACAACUUCAGAUUGCAGCUGCCAAGAGGAGAUCGUACCACGCCAACGCGAGGCAGCAAAUGCUGUCCCAGGAAAGAGAAAUAGAGUCCCUGACACAAGAGCGUGAAGAGACGUGGUUCCAGAUCAGCCAGCUGCAGAGGAAGGCUAUGCUGGAGGAGAGGGCACUUGGGAAGCUGCAGCACCUUUCAGACAGCUGGUAUUUUUAUGAGUCUUUGGUCAGAGAGAGAAAAGGCCUGCUUGCUGAGCUGGACAAAGAGAUACUGGAGCUUGAAGAGAAGAUUGUGAAGCAAAACAAGAAAGUAGCCAAGAUCAAGCAAUCCCACAAUGUCAAACAGCUAGAAAAGGAGGCUGAGAGACUAGAGAAGCAUCUACAAACAGCCACUGUUUUUCUCAAUACCACCCUGACUGAAAAUAAGCAGCUCAAAGGGGAGAUUCAAAGCCUGCGAAUCCGAAAAGCUGUUUUGGACAACAUCUCCUUGGGGCUCCAUCAGAAGCUGAACAAGCAGGCCCAACAGAUGACCACUAGUCUUGAGCAGUCCACAGGGGCCUACGACCGGCGGAUGGAUACCCUGGCAGAGAUGUCAGCACUGGAAGAGAAGCACAGCAAAGAGCGUGUCAGGAUGCUGGAAAAGCAGCGGGUCUUUGAAAGCAUGAACAGUCUGAGGAACUUCAUCGUGGCCAAACGCAGAGACCGCUCACAUCUGGAGAAAGAGGCCAAAAAGAGAAGAGCCAUCAAGGCAGCCCAGCGGGAGAGACUAAGCCAGGGGGAGAGCUGGGAGAGCCGGGAGGUGGUUCAGAAGUAUCUGCUGGAGCUCUCGAAGAAUGGGAACAUAGAAGAAGAGCUGAAUCACUGCGUGGAAAAGCUGGAGAGGGAGUUUGCCUGCCUGAGCUAUUCCACUGAGCUGAACGAGGACGUGGAGAAGUUGCAGCUGAGGGUCGAGGCUCUCGAGGAAGAAAUUGCAGCCAUCACAAAGGAGCAGGACACUGCAAAGAGCAGAAGCCUUCAGGCCCUGCAGGAGCUGGAGGCAAGUCUGAAGGAGACGACCGAGGAAGCCAACAUGUAUGAACAGCAAUGCAACUUGAGCAGCAAAGUCCUGGGCCAGCUCAAGUCUCGCUUGGAGGUUCUGGUCCAGGAGACCAGACGUGACUGCCCCAUGAUCCUGCUGGAGCUUGGAGGAACAGGGGAGGUCACAAACGACAACCUGCUGCAGUGUUUUGGUCUCCUGGAGAAGAUAAUCAUCGAGCUCCUGCUGCAGGACUCCAGGGUGCUCUAUGCAUCAACUGUGGACACGGACUCGGAGGAGCCGGUGUCCAUCCCGCUGCUGGCCGGCCCGGCGCUGCUGCAGACGGUGGUUCCCGUCCCGCUCUGCCCGCCCGCCCUGGCCUUGGAAAGCCCUGACGACCUCCUGGAGGCCUUGGACGUGCCGCUGGACUACGAGGAGAUGCGCCAGCUGGUCCUGAGGAGCCAGCAGGGGCCGGGCAGCACCAAGCUGUGA